AUGGGUAUUCUUCGUUUGCCGUUUAUGGUUCAUGCAAAUGCAAAACAGACAUCAUCGUCGUCAUUCAAGUCCAAUGUUCCAAAGGGGCACGUGGCAGUUUACGUUGUUGGGGAGUUGCAAAAGAACAAGAGGUUUGUGGUUCCAAUAUCGUAUUUGAACCACCCUUUGUUUCUUGAUUUGCUGAACCGCGCCGAAGAAGAGUUUGGCUUCAAUCAUCCCUUGGGGGGACUCACUAUUCCUUGCAAAGAAGAUGCUUUCAUCAAUCUUACCUCUCAACUUGUCAAAACUAUUUGA